GCAUCCCGGUGUUCCUGCAUCCCGGUGUUCCUGCAUCCCGCUGUUCCCGCAUCCCGCUGUUCCCGCAUCCCAGUGAGCUGCAUCCCGGUGUUCCCUUCCCCGGUGCGCUGAAUCCCGGCGUUCCCGCAUCCCGGCGUUCCCGCAUCCCGGUGCGCUGAAUCCCGGUGUUCCCUCAUCCCAGUGUUCCCGCAUCCCGGCGUUCCCGCAUCCCGCCGUUCCCGCAUCCCGGUGCUCCCGGUGCCGGCGCUCAUUCCCCGCUCAGCUCGGCUCGCCCAAGGGCAUCGCGGCGCAGACGCGUCCCGGAGCAUCUCCCAGCCAGGGGCCGGUGACCUUGGCGAGCGCGGCGCUGCCACGGCGAGUCCCCGGUGGCUCGGUGCUCUCCAAGGCCCCUGGAGCUGAGGAUGGAUGUGAAGAGGGUGAAGGACUACCUGUACUGGCUGUACUACCAGUACCAGCUGGUGACCUGCAGCUAUGUGCUGGAGCCCUGGGAGCAGUCCAUGUUCCACACCAUCACAGUCACCGUGCUGGCCAUGGUGGUGUACACAGCCUACGUCUUCGUGCCCAUCCACGUCCGCCUGGCCUUGCAAUUCUUCUCCCAGAUUUUUGGCCCCCAGCCUGAGAGUGCAGUGCUGAACUGAGCUGGUGCCAGCAGGGCCCAGCAGCUCUGGCAGCUUUGUGAAAUCACCUCUGUGCUGAGGUUUGGCUCUUAGGAAAACCCUGCUUGCUUCACCUCCGAGAGCAGAGCGAGGCACUGAGCACAACCCCUCCUCCACAAACUCUGGGAAUGGGACACAGCCCUGCAGCUCCCACUUCCAGCACCUCAUCCAACCAUCACAGACUCUUCUGGUGGCUCAUACCCAGGUAAACAGUGAGGAUAUCCAGCAGGAUUGGAGUGCUCGUGGCUGGUGAUUGACUUCCAGGCUCUAACAGGAGGAUGAACUUCAAUCCAGCUUUUUUCACAUCUAAGUUCCUGCACCUGAGCUCACAUGGUCUAAAAUAUUUUCUGUUUGAAAAAAUUCUCCACCUCAUCUUGCAGCUCAGUGAGGAUGGCAGGAAGAAGCAGCCCUGCUCUGUCUCAGUGCCCUCCUGCCUUCUCGGAUGAAAAUCAAAUCUUUUCUUGCUGCUCCCACUCACCAAGGCAGCAAAGUGCAAAUCAACACCAGGGGAAGAGGAUCCAGAGAGGAAAUCAUAUUUUAAUAUCUGCAGGGAAGGCUUAAAGAGAUCUCCUUUACAAAGAAAUGUGAUUUAUUUCCAUUGCCUGUGGGGAGGUUUUGGAACAAUGGGAGGUUUGUUUGGUUUUCACUCUACACAAAUCAAACGUGGAUGCCAAACCAUAAAUUACAGCUGCACACUGCACGUCUCCACCAGCUGAUGCUCCUGGUGGUAGAAGUGAGAGGUGCAAAAUGUAAAUAGCUUUCAAAUGAUGUUUGCACAGUUCUAGAUUAAAAAAGAAAAAAAAACCAUCUUAACUUCUUGCAGUGGGCUCCUGCAUGCUUCAAAGCACAAGUUUGUUUGGAAACGAAGACAUGUGGUGAAGGUUGCCCAGAUCUGAACAUGUGUAUGCAGUUUUUCCAGCCCAAAAAAAAUAAAAUUUUAUU